AUGCUCGCCUUGGCACUGACAUCAGUGCAGAGUUGGCACCCCCUUCCGAACCGGCAAACCCUCGCAGUCUUGUGCAUCUCAUCGUUAAUCGCCACUGUAUGGCUCGCGUAUCGUCGUUACAGUCCGCUCCAUCACGUUCGUGGCUCCUGGCUAUGCAAGAUUUCAGGCCUGUGUCUGGCCUUGGCUGAUUUUCGCUCUUGUCGAAAUGACAAAAUCCUCGAGUGGCAUCGGAGAUAUGGCCCUGUUAUAUGUAUCGCGCCAAACGAGGUCUCAGUCGCGACACUGGAAGGCACAAGAGACAUCUACGGCACAGCGCACCGAUGGCCAAAGAGCAACUACUUUGACCAUUUCAUGGGAUAUAACCGGCGCUCGGUGUUCGCCACGAAGCCUUAUAAGGAACACCAGGCAAAGCGUAGGCUCAUCUCGGCCUUUUAUCAACCGUCUACUAUAUACAAGCUGCCCCAUAUCGAACAACACGUCCAAGAGCGUGCUCAAACAGUUGUCCGACAAAUAUCAGCGAAUACAGAGAUUGAUGUCUACAGUUUGACAGACUGGUACGCGCUUGAUAUCAUUACCCAUCUUGUUCUGGGACCAGACUACUGCACUCGCUCUGUCGAAACGACUUGCCCUGAGCGCGACAUCCUCGCCGGGCUAAAGCAACAACAGUUUGUCGGGUCCCUGCGCAUCCGGUACCCAACGGUCUACGACUACGUUUCUAGAUGUUGCAGAGCUCUGAGCUCGAGAUUCAGCUAUCUAUCGGCGGAUGACGAGCUCGCAGCCUGGUGUAAGCAACGCACUGCCAACGCCAUCAAAGGGCCUAGCAUAUCUGAUUCUCAUUCUCUACUCCGACACCUCCUUCAAGUACACGAGAGUGACAAGAAGAAGCCGCCGCUUGACCGGCAGUACAUUGCAGCCGAGGUGCUCGACAAUAUCAAUGCUGCCGAAGCCACGGUUGCGGUAACGGCAACAUACUUGAUAUGGAGACUAACAGAGGCUCCGGAGUGGCAGAAGAAGAUACGAGACGAGUUGGCCGCUUUACUCGUACAGUCCGAUGGCUUUCUGCCAUUUUCGGAGCUUGAUAGCCGAGUUCCCUCACUCGAGGCUUGUCUUCGCGAGGUCUACCGUCUACACCCGGCAUCCAGUGGACGAGCCGAGCGCAUUGUUCCCGAGGGCGGCCACGUCUUGUGUGGAGUCUAUCUCCCACAGGGGACGAUAGUGACAACCUCUGUUAUGGCUCUUCAUCGAGAUGAGACCAUUUUUCCAGAUCCCGAUCGAUUCAGUCCUGGGAGGUGGCUUGACGGGGACCCGUUGGCGAUGAAGAAGCGUGAGGCCUAUCUGAUUCCGUUUGGGCAUGGUGCCAGAAUAUGUCUAGGCAAAGCCCUGGCCACGCUGGAAAUCAAAGUUCUUAUUGCACACAUAUAUCUGAGGUAUAAUACCACGAUGGGAAGAUCAAUGACUCCAGAGUCGAUGAGGCAGUGUAGCACCCACGACGCGGUGCCCAAGGGCCUGAAAUGUGUAGUCCGGUUCCAGAAGAUUGACGAGGAGAUUCGCAAUCACAAUGCCAACUAG